AUGAGGUUCCCUUUUGGGGUCGGCUUCAUUCUGAGACGCGCGCACAACCAAGCGAGCAGUAAAUCAAGCAAGGAUCGAUGGCGCACAAUAAAAUUGGGUGAUGUUUCGGCGAAGCUGCCAGAGCCGCGCGACCCCAAGAAGGUUCCGGUGAAAUAUUUGAGUGAGAAUGAAACGCCACGAACCUGGGGCUUACUCCGAUGGCUCCUCCAGAAAGAUCAUCUCGGACAGGAUGUAUUCUUAUUGGCACCGCCGGGCUCCGAACGGAGGAGACUUGUUUUCAAGUACUUGGAAUUCACGGGUCGGGAAGUGGAAUAUGUCGCGCUAAGCGCUGACACGACGGACUCCGAUCUGAAGCAGUACCGGGAACUGAGUGGCAACCAAGCCGGAUGGCGAGACCAGGCCGCCGUCCGAGCCGCUACAGAAGGUCGCGUUCUGGUUCUGGAUGGCGUGGAGCGCGCGGAGCGGAACCUCCUCCCGCUGAUAAAUAAUCUCCUGGAGAACCGUGAGAUGCAUCUGGAUGAUGGAGGUUUCUUAUUGAAAGCCGAGAAAUUCGAUGAACUCCUCCAAGAAGUCGGUCCGGAGAAACUCGCGGAGUGGGGCAUGCGGAGAGUUGACGAGCAGUUUCGUGUCAUCGCCCUAGGCGCUCCAGUUCCACCAUUCAAGGGAAAUACAUUGGAUCCACCCUUCAGGUCACGUUUCCAAUGCAAGUCAUUGAAAUUCCCUGAUUACGACGAUGCUCUAUCGGAACUUCGAGAGCUGGCGCCGACAAGAGGGAAUCAUCUAGAGAAAUUUUUGAAUAUAGUGUACACGAUCAACUCGCCACAAGUCAGGGAUUUGGGGCUGCCGUUUUUCAACUUCGAUUCCGCUUCGAAAAUGGCACAGUUAUGGGAGAAAGGCGUGCCUUUCGGGGCGGCUCUGGAUGUCGUCUAUCCGAGCUUUCAUUUGACAGAAGACGCACAGAGAGUUCUCGCUGACCUCAUCUCCAAGGAGGGCAUGGGAGCGGAGUCAAGUAGCUAUCCUCCCUCCAGCGGAAAAGUCACGCUGAACGACGAAAAGACUUCAAAGUCCAAUCUGAUCCUGACUUCCACUUUCGAACGAGCCGUGAGCACGCUCUGCAAGGCGCUUUCAGUCGGCGAUGUUUGCAUAAUCGGAUCGCGCGGCUGUGGGAAAAAUACGCUCGCGCAUUUUGCUGCCGCGCAUUUGGGAUUCGACGAUUCUGCAAUAGUUCAUAUUCCCCUGUACAAAGACAUGAGUGCGAGAGAAUUACUCCAAAGUAGGCGACUCGAUGAGGGGACCACCGUCUGGAGGGACUCACCGAUCGUGAAAGCUGCGCUGGAAGGCAACUGUCUGAUCCUUGACGGAGUUGACGUUCUGGAUCCGACCGUUCUGAGUUCACUGCAAAGUUUGAUCCACGAGAGGGAGCUAUGGCUGUCAGAUAGCUCGACCCUGCUACGUCAAGACCGUUGGGAAGCUCUUGGGAAACCCGACGGAAUGAGACCUGUGCAUCCAAACUUCAAAAUCAUUGCUUUAGCUGAACCUCCCAAGAAGGAUUCCACGGAUCGGACUUGGCUGUCCCCCGAAGUCAGUUCGAUGUUCAUGUCGCUCCAUCUGCCUCCCUUGCCGGUCGCGGAACAAAGAGAGGUUCUCUCCAAGCUAGUUGGCAAGAGUCCCCCUCAGGAACUUUUCGAUGUCAUCUCAGCGUUCCGCAAGUCUUCCGAUGCCCCUCUGCGCUCUCUGGCCGAGAGUCUCAGCACCCGGCAGCUGCUGAGACUGUGUCGAAAGCUCAAUGCAUACCCGGACUCGAAUUUGUACGACUUGCUUUCCGAAGCAACCCUGAUCAAAUUCGCCCCCCAACUGACUCGCAUCGCUUUCGAUGAAACGCUGGCGAAGUGCGGCGUGGAAGCGGACGGAGCUGGAAGCUCGAAUAAAAUAGAAAUGAAAAUCGAGCGGGAUACGGUCACGAUAGGCGACGUCGUUCUAAUAAGGAACCUCGAUAAUGAAUCCCCCGCCAAAAUUCCAAGCACACUUUUCUUCGAGAACGCGAGACAACUGGAGCAGCUGCACCGCAUUUCCCAAGAUCUAGUUCUGGGGGAGCAUCUCCUCUUGGUUGGCAAUCAAGGAGUCGGGAAAAAUAAAAUCAUAGAUUAUCUAUUGGGUGUUUGCAAUCAGCCCCGAGAGUACAUGCAGUUGCACAGAGAUACAACGGUAGCUUCUCUGUCGGUUCAACCCCAGCUAAUCGACGGGAGCAUCGUCUAUCAAAACUCACCCCUGAUGAAUGCGCUGACCGAAGGUCGCAUCGUGGUCAUCGAUGAAGCCGACAAAGCGCCUGUACAAGUCACGCGUGUUCUGCAUUCGCUCCUUGCAAGGGGCGAAAUGCUUCUGGCCGACGGCCGCCGGGUUCUCAGGAAACGGAAAGAGGAAUGCGGACCCUUGGAAAUUCCGAUUCAUCCCAAAUUCCAGGCAAUACUCUUGGCAAACCGACCCGGGUUUCCCUUCAUGGGCAACGACUUCUUCCCGUUAGUCGGUGACGCCUUGUCUGUACAUUCGAUUGACGCUCCCGAUGCAGCCUCCGAACGCACACUCCUCUCGAAUUACGCUCCAAAUCUUCCCGAGGAAACACUCGCUCAGCUCGUGGAUCUCUUCGCUGAUCUGCGGAAACUCUACGACAGCGGGCAAAUCGGAUAUCCGUUCUCAACGAGAGAGCUGGUGAGCGUGACCAAACAUCUAGCAGCUUUCCCCGACGACGGUAUCCUCCAGGCGUUGAACAAUGUGCUGGAUUUCGAUUCCCAUGAACCCAAUUCUCGAAGGCUAAUCGGCCAUGUUGUUCGGUCGUACGGGAUCUCUUUCGACGCCGAUGCGUCUGACGUGUUCCUCGGCGAGUCGAGAGACUUGGGCAAGUGGUCUCAACUGACGUCCUUCCCUCUGACUUGGCAAUCGACGUCGAAGGUCGGAGUAGAGGAGAAACAAUUCAAAUUCAUCGACCAGCUGUUUUUACGUGAGGGCUACCGAGUGAAUUCCGCGUCGAAUUUCCCGAGAAUCGACAAAUUCACCGAGUUGGGCCAACAGUGGUCCGUGCCGCUGUCUCGCGUGAAGGACCUAGUGAUCUCAGGAGGAAUACCACACAUCGUUUCCUACGAGGGCAAACCGGUCGUCGCUGCUCUGGAUGAGACGUCGCGGACGUGGCUGGUUAGCGAGCUCCCACUCAGGUGUAGAGGGGCCGCCGCACUGGGUCUGAAAACGAGCAAGCCCGGCAACUUCUGCCUUGUGGACAGAGAUACGGGCCAUCUUUACGUGACAAAUCUGGAACAGAACGUCAUGAACCUGUCGAAUAUCCCGCCGGGUGAAAUCUUGUACAGAGACUCCGAUGUUGUUUUAAUCAAAACGAACCCGAAAAAAUGCUGUGUUCUGAGUUUGGACCACUCCCUCGAUCGGUUCACAGAGAUAUAUUUUGACAAAGGAAUAACGCAAGCGGUUCCCUUCGGGGAUCACAUCCUGAUCAACAAGAGCCUCCUAGUGAACUUGAGGGAUGGCUCGAGCAACGACGCGCAGCUUCAGGACGGGCUUCGCUUCGUAGAUCGGAAUACUUUCGUAUCGGAUCUGCACACAAUAGGUCGAGUGAAGUUCUCCGAAGACAAAGCAGAGCUGUCUGGCAUCGCGCGUGCUACCUACGAAGUUUGCGAGGAUUCGGUGGCUCUCAAGGGUGGGGUCAUCGCGUCCACGAUGAACUCGAACCCUUACUGUCUCGAAUACGUGAACGUUAAUGAGAUGAAAGUGGCGCGUCAGCCCCUAUUGCAGAAAAAUAUUCUUUUGAGAAGCUGUGAUACCGUCCCGGGAAGACUGUUCUCUCUGGAACGGGCGAAAUCCGGGUGGAACUUGAAUGUAUUUACUUUGGGAACUGCGAAACUUAUCGAAGAGCUGCGGGAAUGGCAGAAGACUUUGGGAUCAGACCCCCGAUUCCAACCAUCGGGUCCGAAACACGGCAAGACUGACGACAAAGAACACCACGGGGGUAACACAUGGGCCGGAGGGACCGGGGGUUCCGACACCGCGGGUCUCGGCGGUGUCGGCGGUCCUUACCGGCUCGACAAGGGCUUCGACGUUCAUCAGGUUUCGGAUGAGGUUAAGAGAGCGGUUCCUCCUCACAUCGCCGAGCGGGCAAGGAAAAUGGCGAAGGAAGCUCUCGCGAGGCGACUGAAAGAAAUUCAGAUGAGCGACUCGGAGCAUAAUACCUACAGAUCCUAUCUCGACUCGGUGAAGAAUUCUGUCCAAGCGCUCCGAGUUGUCCUCGAAGGUCUCGAAGGGAACAAGCAGGAACGAGAGUGGGUCCGACACCGGGCUGAAGGGGACGUGGACGAAACGAAGCUCGUCGAAGCCGCAGCAGGCGAGAAGAACAUCUUCAAGCGAAGAAUGGUACCUGAACACAAGAACAGAGGUCGCCAAGAGAAACCGAAGCGUCUGGUUCUCCUUGUCGAUGUGAGCGGCUCGAUGUAUCGAUUCAACGGAUACGACGCGCGACUGGAGCGGGAGAUGGAGGCCGUCAUCAUGAUGAUGGACGCCCUGCAUGGUUUCAAGCACAAAAUCCACUAUGAAAUCAGAGGACACAGCGGCGAAGAGAGUAGCCUGCCGUUGGUUAAGCUGGGCGAGCCUCCUGAGGACGAAAAGGAACGCUUCCGAAUCUUACAGAGGAUGUAUGCUCAUGCUCAAUAUUGUAUGUCGGGGGAUUCCACACUACAGGCGAUGAAGGAGGCGGUCGAAGGUCUGAAGAACUGCGAGGAUUACGACGAGAACUGCGUCAUACUACUCAGUGACGCUAAUCUCGAGCGUUACGGAAUAUCGGGACGAGCGCUUGCAAGAGAAAUGACCUCUCGACAGCCCGAAGUGCAAGCAUAUACGGUUCUGAUAGGAUCUCUGGGAGCACAAGCGCAGUAUCUGAAGAAGAGCCUGCCGCCGGGACACGGAUUCGUCUGCAUGGAUACGAAGGAACUGCCUCAGAUCCUGAAACAGAUAUUCUCAGCAAAGCUCGUCAAUUGA